GAUAUACACUUGUUGAGCAAAAGCAAGUUAUAGUUUGCUCAGCGUUUAUUCAACUAUUGGCAUAUCGCAUACUUCAAGUUCAUACGACUUGAACACUACGUAAUCAUUCCUGUAAGAAUAUAGUAGUAUAUAUCAGCUGUGCCUCUACAUAGACAUGUCGGGCGAUAAUAAUGUAGACACUGACCUAAUACCAGGUAUAGAGGGCAAGGAAAUAGGGGCCUUUAUUAAGCCUUUAUAUCAGAAGGUCUUAGCCGCUGUCAAAGCUGCAAAUGAUCUGCCUGUAGGCGAUGACUAUGAUUACUACAAGACAUACGCAACCUUUCAGAAAGAGAUGCAGAAACACAGAGAUGCGAUAUUAAUGCAGACGGAAAGUGUGCUGAGUGGUUAUGUGAAAGGCGAGGUUGUAUCGAGCGGGAAGGGAAUGAUGGAUGUACAAGCAGGUGAUGAUGAGACUAAACUGGAGAAUAGAUUUGAUGCGGUCCAAGAGAGCCUGGAUGGGCUUUUUGAGAGAGUGGCCACCACCAUCGACAGAGACAUCAAGGGGCUGCGUAUGAAACCGAAGAUCGGUGAACUGACAGCGAGUGAACAAGAAGCACAAUUGGUAACCACCAAAUGGGAUAAAAACGGGAAGAAACCGGUGCACAUGGUGCACGCCCUGAAUAUCAUUCGGCCCCAAAUCCACUUUUCAGAGAAAGUGGACAAUUCCCGAACUCCAUUCGUGCCCAAAAUCACGGAGAAGCGCAAUGCUAUAGUGCCACUCGCUAAGGUCUACGAGGACUUCCGGAAUGAAGCAGCCAAACGCACCACAACGAGCGAACCAGACAGCGCAUUAGAGAACGCAGCACUCUCAGACCACGUGUCACGCGUGUUGGGGCUAUCCAGCCAACCCACCAGUCGCAGUGGCAGCGCCAUUACAUCAGGCACAGCCACGCCCACGCAACAACCCACGCGCACUCAGGAGAGUGGUCCCAUGGAGGUGGAUGGCGAGGCUAAGGAGGCGAUGAAGCCUUAUACAGAUGCCUCUGAGACUCUCAGGCCAAACCACAUUCGCGAAGAGGGGUUAGAGAUGGGGUAUCCACAUCCUUAUGGGCCCGAGCUGGCAGCGUUCGAGCCCAGCGAUGAGAUGAUUGUUGUGGAAGAAGCGCAGAUAUAUAGACCCCUAGAGGAGACCCCUUUGACGAUGGUAGACACCCCCCAGGGACUCAAGGAUCUGGUCAUUACACUCAAUGGCUGCACAGAGUUUGCGAUUGAUCUGGAGGCGCACCAGUACCGCACGUUCGACGGGAUUGUGUGUCUGAUGCAGCCCCUCUUCCUCCCAAACCACAGGCCCAUUCCGGCGGAGAUGCUGCACUACGCAAGAGGAGACACACACUACCUGCUGUACAUCUACGACCGCAUGCGCAUUGAACUGGGCAAACGCAGCCGACAGACCUACAACCUCACGCGCGCCACCUGGAAUCGCAGUACAGAGGUCGCGCGCAAGCGCUUUGAGAAGACGCUGUGGUCGGAGGAUUCUUAUGCUCAGCUGCUGCGAAAGUACAACCGCACCUUGGGCGAUACUGAGAACAGCAUCUUCAAGGCUGUGUUUGACUGGAGGGACUCAGUGGCCAGAGAAGAAGACGAGAGUCCUGCCUAUGUACUGCCUGUGAGUAGUCUGUUUGCGAUCGCCACAGCCAAACCUGUGGGAGCGGCGUCGGUGAUGGAUGCAUGCCGACCACUGCCACCACUUGUGCGGGUCUAUGCGCAGGAACUGGCUGUGCUUAUCAGAGAAGCGGUGAAGAACCCCAUGUCAAUCAAUGCUGCGCCUCAGCCUGCGGAGCAGUCCUUUGGAGUGAGUAGUGCAUUGUACAGUGUCAUUCAGGACCAUCGCAAGAAAAGAGGCGGACGCUUGGCUCUGUUGAAUACGGCUGGUAUCGCUCCCCCGCCGCGGGCUAUCUCUCUGGAAGAACGUGUCAAUAGAUGUGACAACGUAACGGCCGCCCACACUUCAGCAACCACAACGACCAAGGCGUCUCGCAUCGCCAGUGCUUUUGUAGCGCACGGUGCCAAUGCGAAGAAUGUAAAGGCGAAGAAAAACGCCCAGUCAAAGGCAAAGAAGGCUGUGGCCUCGAAAGUGGACAACAUCAUCGCCUCAUUUAAAGACCCCUUUGCCGUGUACGUGCCCGAUGGCUCAGGCGACGACAUACCAGUAGAGAUAACUAUUUCAGAUACAACUAACGAUGGCACGAGCGGCGAUUCCGAAGUUCGGGUUGCCAUGCCAACGAAGGCCGAGGCGCGUGUGGCGGCGGGCAACGAGGCACUGACACAGGAUGUCAUAUCUGUAGGGAACUACUCACUCAACCCCAAGAAGAAGGAGAAAGGCCCACAGGAAAUGAAGGUCUCCGGCAGCACGAAGAAGCCCUGGAACAGGAAGAAAGCCGAACUGCUGAACCAGCAGAAGGUGAACCAGAACGAUAAGCCAGGUGCAGGUUUAGCUACCCAGGCACAGGGCUCUGUGAAAUAUAUAGACGUGGACGCUACGGACGGAUCACAAGGUGGUGCAGACACCUCGGGUCAGGCGGCUUCCACACAUCAGCAACAACAGCAACAUGGUGAUGGUAUGGUACUGUCGGCGAUGCCGGGUGGGUCCAGGAGGAAAAAGAAACUGAACAAAGCUGCGAAAAAGGCGUUGGCCUCAAACGACUCAGAAAGUCUCGCUGUGAGUAAGCGCUCGGCUGACGAAGCCGGCAUAGCUGCAGCACAGGGCAAUGGCAAAGGCAAAAAGGCCAAGAAGAGCAACACCCCCACCCUUACAAACAGAUCACCCACCGUGUCUAACGGCGAGUUUGUGCCGUUUGACUACUCGGGACAGUCGUCACAGGCCGACGCACUACCAGGUGCUGAAGACAGUACCAUGAUCAAUGGCAAACGCCAACGACCCAAGAAGCAUGAAAAGCGGAAGUUCGAUCCAUAUUCUCAAAUCCAAGAUCCCGAGUUUAAGAAGGACAAUCGUAUCACACUAAACCCGAAGUCGGGGCAAAGAAGCAUGACCUAUAAGUAUGACGCCAACAAGAAAAAAUAAAGGCAGGGGUUUGACCUAUUGUGAAGUGGGGCGUACAUAUUGCACCGUCGUUCUCGGAGAGAUUAAAACACGC